UACAAACUGCCUUUUUAAUAUAAUGUUAGGUAGAGUUAUUGUAAGCGACGUGUAAGUUGAACUAUGUAUGCACAGUAACACAUUUUCGGAUGUUAGCGCCGUACGGGAAAAGGUGCUACGACUUACAAGCAACCUCACACUAGAAAGCCACGUUAUUUGUGAAUGUCAUAGGCUAUAUUACAUCCCCGUAUUUUCACAGGAACCGGAACUAGCGGGUGAAACCGCGAGGCGUCGGCAAGUUUUUAUAUAAACAUUGCAGAUGAUUCGCGGUCGACUACAAUUAGGGAAACAAUUUGUAUUUCAGUUUACAAAAUGCUCAUGGAGAACGUUUUGUAAACACAGCUAAGCAAAAAGGUGUAGAAAUUAGAACGUGGGAUUCAUUUGUGCUACAAGAAUAAAGUUCAUAACUUGUGCGUGAACAUUUACAUACUUUUUCUAUUUCAAUUAAAGUAUAAUGUAUCUGUUUUGUUUACAUUUGACUUCAUAUUUGGAUUAUAAUGAUCGUUGACUACCACCUACUGACCUGCAACGUUAGGUUUCAACCUACGUUGGUGAAAAAACUUGGAAGUAUUUGUACCAAUGCCUUAAUUUAUAGGUCCUAAUUUAAAUUUUUGGAAACAAAAACUUUAAUAAGCUCGUUUGUGACGUGUAAUUAACUAUAAGCACUUGAGAAAACACUGCUUUCUCGAAAUCAUAGACAGUAACUUCAAUUUUAUUUAAUGUAUGUUUUGUUUUUAAAUAUAUAUUUUGUUAUGUAAUUUAACCAUAAUGUUCGUAAUCUUUUAAAAACAAACAAACCCGUGUGUCAAUGUCAAUUCAUUAAAAUUGUUGACAAUGAUGCCGUGGACUGCUUGUCGGUAUUUUAUUGAAAAAACAUUAUUAAUAAAUAGAAAACAGGUUACUUGUAUUACACAACAUGUUAAAUUUUCAAUCAGUGAACCACUCAGAGGUGGCGAUCAACGAAUCUUUCGAUUGACUCCGUCAAGAUUUCAGUGGCACAAAUUCAAAGACAUGUUCCACUUAUACGCGAUGGUCGGAUUGAUUCCUGUUGGCGCUAUCAUAUUUUACUCGAACGUCUACAUUGGCCCCGCUCAGUUAACCGUGACUCCACCCAAUUACUGUCCAAAACAUUGGGAAUAUCAUCGUCAUCCGAUAUCGAGAUUCAUAGCCCGUUACAUUCACAACAGCCCUCAACAGGAAUAUGAGAAAUUCCUUCAUUUCAUUGACGAAGAAAAACAAAAAGCCAAGUUGCGUGCUUUAGAAAAACAAGUGUUGAGUAAAAUGGCUGAAAGACACGAUUACAAGUCAUAUUAUUACAGACCUGUUUACAAUAAGUAUAUACGGAUCAACAAGAAGAUUGGUGAUUCGCUUAUCAUGGAGAUGGGUGACGAUCACGAUGGUGACCAGGAUUAAGAUCGCCCUAAUUACGUGUAACGCUAGCAUAGAUUUUAUUUGUAAUACUUAGUUAAUUACAAAUUUUAUUUAUAAUAAUUAUAACAGUUUUUAUUUUGGGUACACAAAGUACUUAGUGUAACAAGCAAGGUGUAAUUGUUACGCAUACUAAUAUUAUGACGGGUUAUAUAUUAAAAUGGGUUCUAAGAACAUUUUCUGCGAUAUCAGCGCUGACCACACAUGCAGAUAGAUAGUGUGAGAAAUAUAUCUGCUGUUGAGAUAUCAGUAUUCACGAUUUUCUUAGAAUAAAAUAAAUACCACGAUACGAAUGUUAGGUUUUAGAUUACCAGACUUUGUAAUGAGUAAGCGAACGAAGCAAUGUUAUUUCGACCUUUUUUUUGUUAGUCUUUAUUUUCAUCCGUGUGCCUGAUUCUGCCUGCCGUGAGCCCUGAUUCUCAGAAACAGCUUGAAAUGUCAAGUUGAAAUUGAGUCCUAAGGCCAAUGGCCUAAGUGACUAAGCUUUUCAAACGUAUUCUCAUGUUAAAAGUUCCUUUCACUGCUUGCAAACGUAUCCUGUAUUUCCACGGGAAAUUAUUUUCACUCAUUUUCUUGUAAGCUCGUAAGGGAGGCUGGCUACAGAGCCCUGUAAUAUUAUUGGUUCAUCAUCAUCAUCAUUAUCAGCCGAUGGACGUCCACUGCUGGACAUAGGCCUCUUGCAUGACCUUCCGAAAACUACGGUCUCGAGCCGCCAGCAUCCAACGGCAACUUGGUUGAUAUUCUCAGUCCACCAAGUGGGGGUCGACUAACACUACGACUUCCACUGCAGUGUCGCUAUUCCAGCACCUUGGGACCCCAACAUCGAUCUGCUCUUCGAACUAUUGUGUGCCCUUUGCCACUUCAGCUUCGCGACUCGCUGAGCUAUGUCAGUGACUUUGGUUCGUCUGCAGAUCUCAUCAUUUUUGAUUCGAUCACGCAGCCGCAGAAACUCCGUCGCCCGCUGAGUGAUUUUGAGUCUUCUAAUAAGGUCCAUGGUUAUUAUUAUAUUUAAGAUUAUACUCGUAUGUUAUUGGUUGACAAUAUACAAUACAACAUUAAGAUCUCUGUAUACUCCACAAUUUAUGUGCACAUGUAUUAGGAAACACUUUUUGUCGCAACUGGGAAUUGUUAUAACCCCACAAUGCAUUUAGGCUUUGAUCUUGUAACCAAUACAAGCUAAGCGGCAAUAAAUUUGAUUUUCUCGCUUUCUUCUCUUUCAUUUUCGAUAACAUGCAAGGUUGUCGGACGUAGAUAAUUAUUACGUUUGCAUCGGUUCGCCACGCGGUAUGUGUUAAGAAAUUUAAAGAACUUUAUAAUUUCUUUUAAUGAAUACGUGGCAUUUGUUUACUCUCUUUAUUAAGUUUUAUUCAUUGUCUGGACUACGGGAACGCAACGAAAAAAAGAAGUUCUAGACUAAGGACUUUUAUGACAUUGGGCCAAAAUAUUACAUGGUUAGCGGACAGCCGCGACUUCGUCCGCGUGUCAAGUUUCGUGUAUCGUUAUUGACUACUAAAUGAGAGGAUACUCUACUGGGUCAAUGAAGAAUUCAGGCAAGCGUAGAUAAUUUUGUUGAAAAAUACUAAAACAAGGAGAAACUGGAGUGUUUAUUACUCAUGUAGUCUUGCAUGGUUGCCAGGCUGGAGAAAGGUUUUGAUUAUUAUCAGUAAAAUAAUGUUUCUUAUUUAAUAAAAGCAAAGGUACUAAGAAACCAAUAAACCUUUUAUUCAAAUACGAUAAUAGACCCAAUCAAUAUAUCACAAAAGAGUUUCUGGAUAAAAGACGGUUUCAUCGUCUCUGUACUGAAUUGCUGAACGUCCGACCAUUUUAUAUUCACUAUGUUACUAAAGAUCCGAAUAUUAAAUACGCAUUAAGUUACAAAAGAUCCGAAGAUUUAAUAUGCACUAAGUUAAAGGACAUCGGAAGAUUUGUAUAUGACCUUAAGGUAUAUCUUAUAACAGUGGUCCAGGGAGCAGUUAAAAUGGAUACGCUCACAUAGCCUUGCGUUCAUUGCGACCUUACAUCUAGUGAAAUUGAACCGGUACUUAUUGUAUACCGGUUACUGAUCUAGCUGCACUCGUGUACGGAAUUAUUGAGGCUAAGUUAUUUAUUUUAAUUUCAUGCCAUACAUCCAGUGUACAGGAAUUAAUAUCGUCAAUGAGGUAGCAACAAGGAGCCAACCGAAUCUGAUAAACGUAUCGUCAUAAAUAUUAAUGAUAGCAUAAAUUAUUUAUAAACACAAAUAAAUCGCUCAUUAGCGUCAUCCUUCGAAAAGCUUCCGGACAGUGAAGUGAGGCUUGCAAGAAAUUACACGGAAAUACUUGCCUUCCGAUUAAAAUAGUUGACUUGUGGACAAAGUGUUAUGAAUCACUGUAACUUUAUUGAAUACUACGUCACCGGCAGUGAAUGGCUUUAAUCGAAUAGAUUGUUUAGAGUAAAGUACUUCGAAGUAUAAUUAGUAAAAGGAGACAGACUAUUUUUCAUACAUUGCUCGGUCCAGAUUAGAUGAAUGAACCGUUACAACGUCGAAAGCGUCCUUUAUCUAUACUUAUACUAGCGAACGGUCGCGACAUCGUGCGCCCUUAGGCUUCCUUAAUCUGGCCCUGUCGCAAAAUCCUUUCGCAGCGGACCUCUACUAACUAUAACCUACGUCCCUGCCAAAUUUCGAGUCGAAACGAGUUUUCUUGAUGAAUGACCUUUCACAUUUAUAUAUUAAGAUUAUGAAAAAGUAAAGUUUGUAAUGAAAAAUUUUUUAAAGCCACGUUAUUUAUGAGUGGCAUGGGCUAUAUUUUAUUCUCGUAUGCUCACGGAAAGGCGAACUAAGCGGGUGAAACUGGGUGUCGGCUAGUUAUUUAAUAAUAUCAGUUUUAGACUGGUUUAAUGUCAGUUUGCUUGGCAAUUGCAUAAUCACGAUACGGGCAAGUACCAACAAUAUAAAAUUCACGAUUUCAACAAUAAACAUACAUUUCAAAAAAUAUUUACAACUGUGAUUUUUAAUAUUUUUUGGUGAUUUUGAUUUAUGAUAAAGGAUUUAUUGACUUUUUUCUGUAACGUGCUUGGCCCAUAAUGGUAGAUUUCCUAUGUGUGUCUGUGGUCUCGAAAAUUCACGUCACAAACUCUUUUAUCGUCAAUGCGAUUGAUCGAGCGACGUGAGAACGAAUCUAAGGCGAAAGUGAUUAUAGUGGUAUUACUCCAUCAAUUUGCGCUUAUGGUAUCAUAAUGCGUAACACUUAUUCGCACCCACGUUCUGUUUUGAUACAAUUUCUCACGACCACAUUAAUUUGACAUUGUUUGCCUUUUGCCUACUAAUCAAUUACUGCUCGUUCUUAAAUACCUAUACAGUGUUGUUUCUGUAAUAUUUCUAUUUUCUCUGUUUUUUAUUUUAUAAGUAGUUGCUAAGUUGAGUUAAGCAAUCUUUUUUUAUUCUUUACAAGUUAGCCUUUGACUACAAUCUCACCUGAUGGUAAGUGAUGAUGCAAUCUAAGAUGGAAGCGGGUUAACUUGUUUGGAGGAGGAUGAAAAUCCACACCCCUUUCAGUUUCUACACGACAUCGUACCGGAAAGCUAAAUCGCAUGGCGGUACGUUUUUUGUUGGUAGGAUGGUAACUAGCCACGGCCGAUGCCUCCCACCAGCCAGAUCUGGACGAAUUAAGAAAACCUCAAUCGGCCCAGCCGGGGAUCGAACCCAGGAUCUCCGUCUAUUAAGUCCACCGCGCACACCACUGCGUCACGGAGGCCGUCAGAACAGCCUACUUCAUCAUUAUCAUCACAAUCAUCAUUAACAGACUAUUUAUUAUAACUAUUUAUUUCGACGGCCUCCGCGUAUGUGUGACCUAGUUGUAUCCCCGGCUGGGCCGAUUGAAACUUAAUUGGUCCAGGUCUGGCUGGUCUGGCUUCGGCCGUGGCUAGUGUAUCUCAUUAACGACCACUAUCAGAUGUUAAAGACAAUUAGCAGGACCGGUUUAUACUGCUCUUCGGGACUCGGGGUAACAACACCUUCCCAUCUCUGGACUAAGAAUUUGAACAGAAACUUUCUUAGAAGAAAGAAAAGCUUAGUUUGUCAUAGCCCAACCAAGGUGUCGAACCCAGGACCUCGUGAUCUGAACCUAGGCUAACUACUGGACUAACCAGGCAGUUCACUUAAGCAAUAGGCUUAACAAUUUCAUAUUGUUUGAAAUUCAAGUGACAAUGCCUAGAUGACUCAUAGUUUCUUUCAAGUUAUAGUAUGGGUGAAUUGAUUUCGUUGGCUUACAAGCCAGAUAUCUAUGAGUGACUCAUAAAGUUUGUGAUGUAAGCCCAAAUAUCGUAACAGUAUACAUUUUCUCAUAACAGUGUCUUUCUUUG